CCAAGUCCUUCAAUUCUUGACUGGUUUGAAUGAGUCCUAUGCCUCGGUUAGGGCUCAAAUUCUAUUAAAUGAACCUAUUCCAAACCUAUCCCGAGUCUUUGCAAUGAUCAUUCAAGAAGAGCGUCAACGAUCCCUUGGAUCCUCUGAAAUUGUUCCUUUUGCUGCUGCCUCGUCUUCAACCAAUCCCCCAAGAGCAAAGAAGCCUAGGCCAUCAUGCUCUAACUGUGGCAAACCAGGCCAUUUGGUUGAUAAAUGUUACUUUUUGCAUGGAUUCCCCCCCGGCUAUGGUGAUAAGAAGAAGCAAGACAAGGGAAAAGGGAAGGCAAAUACUGCUUCCACACACAACCCGAAACCUGAGAAUGAUCACCAGCUUACACAUGCUGAUAUUACUUCUCACUGCCAGCAUCUCAUAUCACUUCUAAGCCAGCAGCUAGGACAUACCAGCAAUGCUGAAAACCCAGCCAGCAACCCUGCAAUUUCGAAUCAUGCAGGAUCUUACUCUGAAUGUGGUGAUUGGGACAGCUAAAAGAAGUGGGAAAUUGUACUUGAUUCAACAAGACAAUCCUUCUGCUACAGCCGCUGCCAUUUUCCCUUUUUCUUUCAAUAAAAUCAAUGUAAACCAAUGGCACAAUCGCCUUGGACAUCCUUCGAUGUGUAUUUCAAGUUUUUUCAAUAAAGAACAUAAUAUUUCACAUCCAAA